UACCCCGGCAGAGUUUGGUCGCAGGGCAGGGACUCGGCAGUCAGCGCCAUGGCUGCCUGUGCUCCUGCGCUCGCGCGCUCCCUGCUUGCUGCCCUUCUGGCGCCCGCGCUGGUGGCACUACUGGUGUCGCCGGCCUGGGGUCGCGGAGGCCGGGACCACGGGGACUGGGACGAGGACAGGCGAUUGCCUCCGCUGCCACCCCGCGAAGACGGGCCGCGCGUGGCCCGCUUCGUGACUCACGUCUCGGACUGGGGCUCGCUGGCCACUAUCUCCACGAUCCCGGAGGUGCGCGGCAGGCCCUUCGCGGACAUCGUCUCCAUCAGCGAUGGUCCUCCGGGAAAAGGCACGGGAGAGCCCUACAUGUACCUGAGUCCACUGCAGCAAGCCGUGAGCGACCUGCAGGGAAAUCCAGAGGCCACACUGACUAUGUCUUUAGCACAGACCGUCUACUGUAGGAACCAUGGAUUUGAUCCCCAGAGUCCCCUGUGUGUUCAUAUAAUGAUGUCGGGAACUGUGACCAAGGUGAAUGAGACGGAAGAGGACUAUGCCAGGAAUUCGCUGUUUGUUCGACACCCUGAGAUGAAACAUUGGCCUUCCAGCCAUAAGUGGUUCUUUGCUAAGUUAACAAUAAGCAAUAUCUGGGUCUUAGACUACUUUGGUGGACCUAAAGUUGUGACACCCGAAGAAUAUUUUAACGUCACACUGCAAUGAAGCAGAUAUGGUGAACUGAGUCGCACCGGCAAAGUGUCUUCGAAGGCUCAUGCACACUUGAAGGGCUUGGCCCUACCUUUGACUUCCCCAGGCCAUCGGCUCACCCUGCCACCUCUUGUUUCGACUUUGCUUGUGUUAACAGAAUGUUGUCCAGCAGAAAAUGUGGUUGCUGGAUUUUUUUUUUUUAAAAAAAAUGUACUUUGAAGCCAUUUUCAGAGAAAAAUGCCCUUCAUUAUAACCAAGGAAGUUUUCUUUCAGCCAUUCCCGGUGGCUUUUCUUCAGUGGUGCCCACAGAAGGGCGACAUAGACCAGCUGAAGAUUGCCCAUUGGCACUAGAGGUACCGAGGAGCAGGUGCUUUAUGCCUGAAGGCCACAGUACCUGAAGGGUGCUAUCCCCACGAGGCUGCCUCAGGAGCCUGUCAAAGGGGCCAAGAGUGGGGAGGCCUGGGCAGAGUGUGGGUCCCGGAUACCGGAUACAGAGAGCCAGAAUGAAUCCUCAGUCAAGGACAGCAAUGGCCACACACGGAGCUUCCCACUCAUGCCUUCCUGUGCAGGGUAAACUCCAUAAAUGUUUUACAUCCUAAAGUCAUAGUUACCCAGAACCAAAUAAGUCAAGAAGAUUUUCCUGCAUCCACUUUCCAUCUAAGUAGACUGUAUAUUCAUUCCUCACCCUUUAAAACACACACACACACACACACACACACACACACACAAGCUGAGAUGCAGCUUUCUUGGUAGAGCAAUGGUCUAGUACGAGACCACAGGUCCCUUCCCCAGCAUUGAAACAAAAACAUCCAAAAAUACCAUUUUUUAUUUGCAUGAAAAAGGAAUCGCAGGAAUUUGGCAUAUGUUGGGUUCUUCUUUUGUAAGACUUGACCCAGCACCAGCCUAAUCCCAGCCCUCCUCCGGGAUUCUGUAUCUCAAGGCUCCUGGUGCUGCAGCCCGAGUCCUCUGUGGGAGACACCGCAGCACCACAGCAUUAAAACAAACUACAACAACAACAAAACAUGUUUCUGGCCUAGAGGGAUGGCUUAGCACUUAAGAAGAUUGACUGCUCAAGCAGAGGACCCAAGUUCAGUUCCCGGGGCUGGAGUCAGACAGACACAACUGCCCAUAACUCCUGCUCCGGGACUCAAGUGCGCGUACACACACAGACACAUAAUAUAAAACAAUACAUCUUCUUUUCAGAAGAGGUACUGCUUAGUUUUAUUACGUGUAUUAUGCUCUUGGAUGACAUAAGAUUCCUUUCAAUAGGGUAUGGGGGAUCAGGCCACUGACUCCUUAAACAGCAGAAGGGUUAAAUAUGAGCCAUCGUGUCGGAGAGAGAUCCAGCAAAUGACUUCUCAGUAAAAACCCACUAAACAGUAAGAAUCCUGUUUUUCAAAUCAAUAAUUAAAAGCAUUAUUCUAACAAGG